AUGGAUCGGAAUGGGGGUUCUAGUAAAGGAAUGAGCAAGAAUAAGGCUAGUAGAACGAAUAAUAAUAAUGGGCACUACCAUCACCAUCAAUGGGUUCAACAGUUACGAGCUUUACCUUCGGAUCCAAAUUCAAAAGACUUGCUCAAGCUUGAAUAUAUUGAUGUGAAUUUGAACAAUUCACGCAAGUUGAUAAAUAACGUAUAUUCUUUGAAUAGUGAGAGUGCCGAGUAUGCGAAACAAUUGGAUAAGCAUCUUGGAAGUUUACCACAGUUGGACUAUCUUGUUAAAGAGUUGGAUUGGUUGAACAAUAUUUGA